UCCUUGGGCGGCACGGUUGUCUUGUGUCCUGCGAUCGUCCUGUCCCACUGAGCUCGCGCUGCCGUUGCCACCGCCGCCACCGCUGCACAACGCGGGAGACACCAGCGAGCUGGUGAUUGGAGCUCUAGCGCCCGAGCACCCAGCUCUGCCCCAGGAGCCCAGGCUGCCGCGUCACUCCAAUUCUUGCUGCCAGAGAGGAGCCAUGAGCUGUGUCCUGAAUGGCCUCAUCCCCUUGGGGCUGGUGCUGCUGGUCUGUGAGGCCCAAGGCUUUUUCCUGCCCAACGUCACACACUUAGAGAAGCUGCUCAGCAAAUACCAGCAAGACGAGCCCCACUCCCGGGCCCGCAGGGCGAUCCCCAGGUCGGACCAGGAGGAGAUCCUCAUGCUUCACAAUAAACUGCGGGGCCAAGUGUACCCCCCGGCCUCCAACAUGGAGUCCAUGACCUGGGAUGAAGAGCUGGCGAGGUCGGCGGCAGCCUGGGCCCACGAGUGCAUCUGGGAGCAUGGACCCACCAACCUGCUGGUGUCCAUUGGGCAGAACCUGGGCGUCCACUGGGGCAGGUAUCGCUCUCCCGGGUUCCACGUGCAGUCCUGGUAUGACGAGGUGAAGGACUACACCUACCCCUAUCCCCAUGAGUGCAACCCCUGGUGUCCAGAGAGGUGCUCCGGGACCAUGUGCACCCACUACACACAGAUAGUUUGGGCCACCACCAACAAGGUUGGCUGUGCUGUGAACACCUGCCAGAGGAUGAACGUCUGGGGAGACAUUUGGGAGAAUGCUGUCUAUCUUGUCUGCAAUUACUCUCCAAAGGGGAACUGGAUUGGAGAGGCCCCGUACAAAACCGGCCGGCCCUGCUCCGAGUGCCCGCCCAGCUACGGAGGUGGCUGCAGGAACAACUUGUGUUACCGAGAAGAGACUUAUGACCAAAAACCUGAGACGGACGAGAUGAAUGAGGUGGAGACAGCUCUGGUUCCUGAAGAGAAACAUGACUGGGUCCAGCCCAGGGUGGUCAGACCGAAGAAAACGUCUGCUGUGAACUACAUGACCCAAGUUGUCAGGUGUGACACCAAGAUGAAGGACAAAUGCAAAGGGUCCACGUGCAACAGGUACCAGUGCCCAGCAGGCUGUCUGAACAACAAAGCAAAAGUGUUUGGAACUCUCUUUUAUGAAAGUGCGUCCAGCAUAUGCCGUGCUGCCAUUCAUUAUGGGAUCCUAGACAACAGAGGAGGCCUGGUGGACAUCACCAGGAACGGGAGGGUCCCCUUUUUCGUCAAGUCUGAGAGAAACGGCAUGGAGUCUUUGAGCAAAUACAAGGCGUCCAGCUCAUUCACGGUGUCAAAAGUAAAAGUGCAAGACCUGGACUGCUACACCACCGUCGCUCAGCUCUGCCCAUAUGAGAAGCCAGGGACCCACUGCCCAAGAGUUCAUUGUCCAGCACACUGCAAAGACGAGCCGUCCUACUGGGCUCCUGUGUUUGGAACCAACAUCUACGCAGACACAUCGAGCAUCUGUAAGACCGCCGUGCACGCGGGAGUCAUCAGGAACGAGAGUGGGGGCUAUGUGGAUGUGAUGCCCAUUGAUAAAAAGAAGACGUACGCGGGCUCGCUCAGGAAUGGGGUCCAGUCUGAAAGCCUGAGGACCCCUCGAGAUGGAAAGGCCUUCCGGAUCUUUGCUGUCAGGCCGUGA